AUGGUCGCUCGUUUUACAUCUCUCGUUGCAGCCAUUGGACUAAUUGCAACAUCUGUCAAUGCAUCUGGCAUGAUUGCUCAAGUCGUGGAUGCCACCAAUUUCUGUGUGUUUUUGCCUCCUUCUGAUUCCACUGAUCGUAUCAUCUCCAACACUGAAUGGAAUGCCAAUGCAUUCUGUAUGGGUAGCACGCCUGGCGCUACUGGUGCAGACAAAUUGCCUUCAGGCUUCAUCACAUCUGCUCACUAUGUUAAAACCGAUGCUUAUGUUCAAGUUACCGGUCAAAUGGAUUAUACAAAGGCCAACUUAGUCGGUACUGAUGAAGGUGGUCAAAUGGACGUCAGAGCUCCCAUGGGCUCCAGUUGUGCUGGUUGGGACUACUACGUCAACCUCAUUGAACCUAUAUCGAAUACUUAUUGUAUGCGUUGUUGUAAUGAUACUGUAAACUGUAAUCGUGGUAUCUCUGAGAAGGGUUGUGCUCAUAUCAUUCCUGGUGACUACAGUGGACCCAGUGGUGGCUCUGCUGCUACUACCAACAGCGCUGCUGCUACCAGUGCUGCUGCUACUACCACUGCCGCUGCCACCUCAAGCACAGCAUCCUCUUCUUCUGUGGCAUCUUCUUCUUCAGUUGCUUCAUCUUCUGCUGCUAGCUCCUCUUCUCCUGCUGUUAAACCAACAGAUGCCGCUGCUUCAUCCAGCGCUUCUCCUAAACCUUCCAAUGGCAAUGUCUCUGAACAAUCGUUGAAUGCUGCUGGUAUCAACAAGCCUGCCUCAAUUGCUGUGGGUGCUGGUAUCUUGCUGUCUGCUGCCUUGAUGGUUUAA